AACCUAAAACAUGAAACAAGACAAGACACCAUAAAGACAGAUCGUGACAGUUAUUGCUGCUCUGGAUCAGAACUGCAAGAUGGAGAGACUGUCGUUCUUCAAGCAUACACUGCAGUUGGUGAUCAAAGAUGGUCUGAAAGAAGCCAGUGGGCUGUCAGGUACACAGAUAGCCAAGCUAUCCUGCACAGCCAGCCUCCUCCAUAGUAGCACCUCAUUUAAAGACCGCUUUGAGUCCUGCUUUGGGGAUGCCACAAUUCCAUCAGCAAUUGCCACACGAUGGAAUUCAACUUUAAAGCAGGUAAAGGCGUAUGUUAAAUUUGACAUGCAAAAUCUCUCUUAUAUGUUGAACUCAGAGGGACACAAAGCCCUCAUCUUAUCCCAGCGAGAUUAUGCUCAGCUGAAAGAACUCAUCGAAGUUCUUGACCCAUUCCUGGAGGCAACCGACCUGACUCAGGGAGAGAAAACUGUCACAGCCAGUGUGGUUGUGCCCUGUGUUCUUUCUCUGCACUGCCAUCUGCAGGAAAUAAGAGGAAGAGUCAAAUACUGUGGGCCCCUGGUGAGAGCUCUGGCGAGCUCCUUGAAAACAAGGUUCACAGAGAUCUUCCAAGCAGUGAAGAUGCCAGGAUGCGAGCCAGCUGAAGGAAGAGGUCCCACCAAAUUUCCUUUCACGACUGCCUACUUCAUAGCAUCAGUGUUAGACCCAUCGUUUGGUUUCCAGUGGCUAAAACAUGAUGUGCAGCUGGACAGUGAUGACAAAGAUCAGCUAAUGACUCAGAUCAUUGAUUGUAUCAAGGCAGAGGGUGAGAAGCAAAUGAUCUCAACAGCAGACACAGCAGCAGGACCAGAACAAGGUGAUGUUCCAGUGUCUCCUCCUGCUCCUGAAGCUCCUCAGAAGAAGCUGAGAAUGUUCUCCCACUACAGCAAGACUCCCUCCUCCACCAACACAGUCGGUCUGUCCAGGCUCAGCUGACUGCAUACCUUGACUUGAUCGACAACCAGGCCUCAGACCCAUGCUUCAAGUUUUGGCAACAAAAUAAAUCCCAGUUCCCUGUCCUCUAUCAGUUUGCCACACAGGUAUUCUCCAUCCCUGCUUCCAGUGCACCCAUUGAAAGGGUAUUCAGUCAUGGAGGCAUUUUUAUGAGGCCUCACCGUGCAAGGUUGAGUUGUUCGAUGUUGUCAAAUCUGAUGCUUUUAAAAUGCAACAAGGAUGUUUAAGUGUGUGUGCCUGAGUGGGUGCUCAUCUGCUCCUGACGCUAGCAGCUAAAAACAUAUUGUUAUGCCAGACUA